UGUGAGAAAAUAUACAAAAAUCUUGUACCAAAUUCGUUUGUGGCACGGAAUUGCAGCAUCCUCAUCAUGUCACUCCCGCGUAACAUCAGCACACUGUUGAAGGUGUCGCGUGCCCGCAGCGUUCCGUGCGCUCUGUACCACCAGAACGUCCUGGAGCACUACGAAAACCCACGGAACGUCGGAUCGCUCGAUAAGAAGGACAAGAACGUUGGCACAGGGCUGGUCGGUGCUCCCGCCUGCGGUGAUGUCAUGAAGCUGCAGAUUAAGGUGGACGAAAAUGGCAAAAUCAUCGACGCCAAGUUCAAGACGUUCGGAUGCGGUUCGGCAAUCGCUUCGAGCUCGUUGGCCACCGAGUGGGUAAAGGGAAAAACGCUCGACCAGGCAAGCCAGCUGAAGAAUACGGACAUCGCCAAGGAGCUAUCGUUGCCGCCGGUCAAGCUGCACUGCUCGAUGCUGGCGGAAGACGCUAUAAAGGCAGCGCUGGAGGAUUACAACAAGAAGCAGAAGAAGUAAGCUGGAACCGGAGGAACCGGAGACGGUGGUUGUAUGAUAAGGAAAUGCUAUGUAUUAGUUUGUAUGUUUGGACUUUCUGUAUGCUUAGUCAAUAAAACUCAUAUAAAGCUGUU